AUGGCGUCGAGGAGGAGCCGCAGUCCUGAUUCAUCACAUGAGAGGGACAAAGACAGGAAAGGAAAGAAGCCUAAGGUCUGUUGUUCGGAUGAUGAAGCAGAGGCAGACAGCUCCAAGGAUCCUCUUGCUGAGUCUUAUAAACUGAUUGAUCUCAUGACCCCAGAAAAGUUGAAACAGCUCCAGAAGCGUGUGAACAACUUCGUCACAUGUCAUGAAAUAUGGCUCAAAGUUAAAGAGGACGAUGCGACACGCCGGAGGAAGGCUGCUGAAGAAUCUGAUAUGCAAGAAGAGUAUGACAAGUUCAGACAUGAACAGUUUCGUCAUUUGCUGGCAUCUGAUGCUGAAUCAGAGGCUAAACCAGAUUGGGAACCUUUUCAGCAUGUGCCUGAGCCAUACUCACCAGAUGAGGAGGUAGAGAAGCUCGCACAGGCUGAUUUGGAAGAAGAAAUAGAAGCAGACAAGUGGAAUGACUUUCUCAUGGGGCCUGUUGUUCCAGAAGAGGAGUAUGCUCAAGCACUAGUGGAUGCUGAAGAUGAAGAAGAUGAUGAUGAAGACUAUGAGGAAGAUGAGACAAGUGAAGUCAUCGACAAAGAUGUGGAAGAAGUGAAUGAUGAAAAUGAAGAAUAUGAAUCUGAGGAAUUGAAUGGAUAUGACGAGUAUGAGGAAGAUUCUACAGAUGAUGAUGAAUGA